AAAUUUCUUUCUUUGUGUGGCCGUCCGGCUUCCCAUUAUAUUUAUAUUUAGAUCACCUCUCUCUCUCUCUCUCACUCAUUCUAUUUCUAUCUUUUUCUUUCCUUCUUAUGAAAUAAUAUGAGAUCGAGUAAACAAGUUAAUAUUGCACCAUCACAGGCAGGCCCCGAGUGCUGCAUGUGUGGAGAUUUUGGUCUCUCUAGUGAACUUUUCCCCUGUAAGAUUUGCCGGUUCAGAUCUCAGCACAGAUACUGUAGCAAUCUGUACCCGAAAGCUGAAUCAUACGAGAUAUGCAAUUGGUGCAUGAGCCAAAAGGAGGACAAAGAGAAGUCACAUAAUUCUUCAAAUUCUUCGUCAAAUAAGAAAACUAACAGCGAAGAUAGCAACCACAAGAGAAGAAAUACCCAAAAAUCACCAGAGAGAUCUCCGUCAACUCGAAGAAGAAUCAUAACAAAUGGAGCCUUGGAAGAAAAGCUGAGAAGAACAAGGUCAAAAGAGGUAUCAAAUAGAGUAAUCGCAAAGCCAGUGUAUAGAAAUAAGGUAAGAAGAUACAAGCUUCUGGAUGAGGUUUCAAGCUAAAACCCAUAUCUGUCUAUAUCUACUUGCAUCAUCAUGCAUACAUGCUUAUGGUUUUUUGUUUUGUUGCGGGAAAUUCGUCCCAAAGUAUUUACAGACACAUAAUAAAUACAGUCAGUUUAAACUUAUAUGCAAUAACCUGACUGACACUGAUAGGUGUUCGUCGCCAUUGUGGCUCCUCCCUUCUACAUAUAAUGUCACCAGAAAUUUGGAAAAAUAAAGAAGUUGAAUAUAUUUGAAGUCUUA